GGUGGCUCUCACGGCUCCCUGGUAGGUGUUUCUCCUCCUCCUUUCCCUUCCUAUUCUCCCCAUCAACCUCGACUAACCCACCACACGUAGGUCAACAACCUGCCAUCUCCCCUCGGCCGCUUACUUCCAACCCGUUUCCCCAGCUGAAGUCAGCACCGCCCUCUCCAUCAUCACCAAAACCCAAACCAAAUUCGGCGUGCGCGCCACGGGCCACAAUCCCAACCCGGGCUUCAGCAGCACUCGUGAAGAUGGCGUGAUCAUUGAUCUGCACCGGUUGGAUCACAAGUCCUUUGACCCGGAAACGGGGAUAGCGAGCGUAGGCGCGGGAAAUACCUGGGGAGAGGUGUAUACCUGGCUUGAAGGAAAGGGGAGGAGUGUGAUGGGGGGACGGUAUGAGGAGAUUGGUGUGGCGGGAUUUGUGCUGGGAGGCGGAAUGCCGGGGUUCGUCAAUCUGAGGGGGAUGGGGUGUGAUCAGGUUCGGGGGUUUGAGGUCGUCCUAGGAAACGGACAAGUCGUCUACUGCUCCGCCGAAAUCCGACCGGAUCUCUACCGGGCUCUGAAAGGCGGCGGAUCAAACUUUGGAGUCGUUACCCGGUUCGAUUUGCAGACAUAUCCUUUGUUGAAGACGCAGUAUACCGUUAGCCUGUACAAGACAGAGGAUUAUGCCAGCAUCAUCGAGGCUUCGGUAGCUGCGCACAAGGAGAUGGAGACAGAUCCCAAAGCGGCGUACUUCACCAACUUCCACCGGGAUUUCAUCGCCAUCGGGCAGCUGUAUGCCGAUACGCCCAAGGGAGAACCAAAGGCUUUUGAGCCGUUCCGGAAGCUGGAGAGUAUGAUGGCGCCGGUUGUGCCAAAGACGGAUGGCACGCUGUCGACGCUGGCGCAGGCCAUUGGACAUCGGCCUCCCAAGGGGAAACGCGUCAUCUUCACCAUCUCCACCAAAGUCGACACCGACCUCUACCUCGCCAUCCACAAGACCUGGCAAGACGUAACCGCUACCCUCCCUCCUUCCACCGAAGGCACAGACCUGCACUACACCAUUCAACCCGUGACCUCUUCGGCCGCUCGCGCCGGCCGCGACAACGGCACCGGUGGCAACGCCCUAGGUUUAGAAGAGGUGUCGCAGAACUGGUACGUCUUCACAUUGGAGUACCCGCGGAACGGGGAUGACGCGGUGCACCAGGCUGCCAUGGAUAGCAUUUACGAGCAGGUAAGGAAGACAGCGGAGGAGAGGGGGUUGCUGUUGGAUUUUGUUUGCCCGACGUUUGCAGACAAGAGGCAGCAUGUGCUGCGGGGGUUUGGGGAGGAAAAUGUUGCGUUGAUCAAGGAGGUUGCGGGGAAGUAUGAUGGCGAGGAGGUGUUUCAGAAGUUGCAAUAUGGCGGGUUUUUGGUGAGGGAUUUGUAGGUGGUGGUGGUGAUGGUGUAGGAGGAGAAGGGAUGAUGGUUUCCAGUUGUUGUUCUUGUCGUUGUCGUCAUGUAGCGCGUUUGGAGGCGGGACACAGAUAGUGGGUUAGCGGUCCCUAACACUUAACGGUGAUAGAUACAGCCUUAACAGUUAAUGUACGUUACUGUCCCACCUCUUACAAACAUCAAAACAGGCAUGCCUCUUUCCACCUGCAGCGCAAACACAGC